AUGGAUAGGAGUUGGAUUCGGCUAAAAGAUAGAACUUCCGACGAAUAUGUAAAAGGUAUCCAGUCUUUUAUGGUAGUAGCAAAGAAUUACACUGAUGCCGAGCAGAAAAUACUAUGUCCAUGUCGCAGUUGUCAGAAUAAAAACCCGAAACGUAAGUUAGAUUUGAUUGAACGACACUUGAGGUCUAACGGGUUUUCCCCGAGUUAUCAAGUGUGGGUGCAUCAUGGUGAAAAGCUAAACCUUAAUGAUUUCUUACCACAUUCAAAUAGGCAAGAUGAAGCUACCUCUAGUAUGCAGCACAAUGAAGAGCCCGAACCGGAUGAAAUGUUUGAGAUGAUAGAUAACUUAAGUUUACCAAUACCUAUUGAUAAUGGAUCUUCAGGAGAGCCCGUGGAAAGAGCUGAUGCUAAUAAUGAUCAUCCAAAAGUAACUGAGUCAAUUUUGGGAUUAUUAGAAGAAGAAAGGAGAGAAUUACACCCAGGUUGCAGCAACAUGUCGUCCUUAAAUUUUUUGGUUAAGUUAAUGCAUAUUAAGGUGCUCAAUCAUAUGAGCAUUAAAGCUUUUAAUAUGGUGUUUAAAUUAUUAAAUGAAGCUUUUCCUAGUGCAAGUAUACCAACAACUUUUUAUGAUGCUAAAAAGGUUUUAAAUCACUUGGGGUUGGGGUAUGAAACGAUUGAUGUAUGUAAAUAUGAUUGUGAUUUAUUUUGGAAGGAGCAUAGUAAAAGAGAUGACUGCCCUGUUUGCAGCGAGCCUAGAUAUAUCUUUCAUCAGGGUAAGGGUAAAAAAGUUGCACAGAAGGUUUUGCGUUACUUUCCCUUGAAGACUAGAUUACAAAGAUUAUUUAUGUCAAAACACACGGCAUCUGCAAUGCGAUGUCACAAGGGUAGGCACAAGGAUAAGCGCGUCGAAACAGAAGACAUACUAAGACAUCCAGCGGACGCUAAAGGGUGGAAAGAUUUUGAUGGCAAGUAUGAACAGUUUGCAAGAGAUCCACGUAAUGUUAGGCUUGGACUCGCUACUGAUGGUUUUAAUCCAUUUGGAAAUAUGAGCAACUCCUACAGCAUGUGGCCGGUUAUACUUAUUCCGUACAAUCUUCCCCCUUGGAUGUGCAUGAAAGAGCCAUACAUCAUGAUGUCAUUACUUAUUCCAGGGACCAAGGCCCCCGGAAAAGAUAUCGAUGUGUAUUUGCGGCCUUUAAUAGAUGAAUUGAAGGAGUUAUGGGAAGUUGGAGCAGAUACUUUUGAUGCCUCUACAGGGAAGAGUUUCCAAAUGCAUGUCGCAAUCAUUUUAACUAUAAACGACUUUCCAACGUUUGGGAAUUUAUCUGGUUGGAGUACCAAAGUGUACAAGGCAUGUCCAGUAUGUAAUUCUGAAUCAUCAUCUCAACGUUUGAGGAGUAAAAUAGGUUACUUGGGUCAUCGUCGCUUCUUGCCUCGUGGUCACUCGUGGAGAAGGAGCAAGCAGUUUAAUGGUAAGAGUGAUCUUCGACCUCCACCUAAAGAAUUGAAUGGAUAUGAUAUUGUAAACCAGUUAGAGGAAUUCAAACAUGUUGAGCUAGGAAAAAACCCAAAUCGUAAAAGUAAAAAAAGAAAGCGUAGUGUCAGUGACGAGCUAAAUUGGGUAAAAAAGAGUAUCUUCUUUGAGUUGCCAUAUUGGGAAUUUCUUAGAAUAAGACAAGCUUGA